GGACAUUCGUCGGGAGGAGGAGGAGGAUCAGGAUACUCUUCGGGUGGAGGAGGGUCGUUAAACUCAUCAGGAGGAGGAAGAGGACACUCCUCAGGUGGAGGAUCCGGCUACUCUUCGGCGGGGGGAAGCAGCGGUCUCGCCGGCUACCGCGGCAUCAACACCAUCAACACCGGUGCCUUCAACACGGGCGUCGCCAGCGCCGCCUACCGGCCGCAGGCGGCCGCCGUCCAGCCGUCCUCCUUUGUCGCUCCCCAGCCCACCUUCAACGCGUUCAGGCCGAUGGCACCAUCACGCGUGCGUCAGGUGCAGAACAGCUACGCCUUCCCCCAGGCCACCACAGUUGCCAGGCCGGUUGUCCGGCAGCCGCAGCAGCAGCAGCAGCAGCUGCGGCGGCCGCUGCAGGCGCAGACCACCCUGCGUCCCGUGUUCGCCCAGACGCUCAGCCCCGGCCAGAGCUUCAACCCGCUGCCGCUUAGUGGCGCCACUGGCGGACUCCGGCAGCAGAACUACGGCUCACCGUCGGCGAUAGGCGGCGCCACCGCUGCGAUCGGCACGCAGGCGUACUCCGCCCCAGCGCAGAGCCUCGGCACGGCUACAACGUCCCAGGGGUACACAAACCUCAACCGGCCGAACCCGUUGAACACGAACACGAUUGAGAACGCAAGCGGGACCGGAGCCAGCUUACCCGGGGCUUUCGUUCGGCAGAACACGUUCGUCGGGCAGAACACGGCCGGCGCGACCUUGGCGCAGAAUUCGCAGACGUACGGUGCGCCGGGGUCGGGCUUCCAGUCCAGCCAGGGCGGGCUCCUGACAAACAUCGGCGUCUCGUCGAAUCUGGGCCCUGUGAGGGAGGUGCAGACACUGCAGGGCAGCGUGAACACGGGCGGUCAACAGGGCAACGUUAUCAGCGGAGGCUUCCGACAAGGAGGCGUCACUGGAGGGUUCCAGCAGAGUAAUUUUGUCAACACUGGGAGCUUUGUUGGAAACGGAGCCCAACAGAAUGCAUUCGUUGGAAACGGCAUUCAGCAGGGAAGCGUACUGAACGGUGGAUACCAGAGCAGUAACGCAGUCAACACUGGCAACUUCGCCAGCAACGUCAAUACAGUCAACACUGGAAACUUUGUCAGCAACGGAAACACAGUCAGCACUGGAAACUUCGUCAGCAACGGCAACACAGUCAACACUGGAAACUUUGUCAGCAACGGCAACUCAGUCAGCACUGGCAACCUCGUCAGUAAUGGCAACACAAUCAGCAACGGCAACUUCGUCGGGGCUGGCGACUUGGUCAGCAAUGACAACUUCAUCAGCGGUGGAAAUGGCAUCAUCAGCAGCAACACGAUCAGCAGUGGCAGCUCAAUCAACGGGAACACCAUCAGUGGUGGCAGCAUCAUUAAUGGUGACAGCACCAUCAGCAGUGGCAACAGCCUCAGCAGCGGUAACCAGCAGGGCUACCAAAUCACCGACGCAGGCCUCACCACCUCUCUGCAGGGUACCCAGGGCGGGUCCUCCACCUUCAUCAGUUCGGGCGGCAUCCAGGACGGCCAGCUCCUGGGCGUCUCGGGCGUGGACGUGCGCUCUGGCGACAGUUCCAGCUCCGUGACGUCCGGCGACGCGGUUAGCGCGACUGGACUCGCUCCGACGGCCUCCAACAUAUCGCCGACCUUAUCCCAGGUGGACUCGACCCUAUCCCAGUCGGUCAGUUCUGAUGUAAGUACUUCUAAUGUCGGCAGCGACGUCACCAGUGGCUUCGUCAGCGACGUCUCCAGCAGCCUCGUCAGUGAUACCUCCAGCAGCCUUGUCAGCGACGACUCCGGCAGUCUCAUCAGCGACAUCUCCAAUGACGUCAUCAGCGACAACUCCAAUGCCUUCGUCAGCGAGGAUUAUAAUUCACUUGUCAGUGAUGGCUCUAACAACUUCGCCAACGACGUGUCCAACUUCAUCAACGACGUCUCCAGCGAUCAGGUCACCAUCACAGAGCAGCCGAUCACCCAGAUCCAAACUUACUCGCCGGUGACCGUCAGCUUGUCCGAUGACGCCAGCGGCUCGCUGACCUCCGGUGACCUCAGCAGCACAGAACCGUCGACCCUGGAACAGGUCACAAUCGACGAGGGCCUCUUCACGCUUCUCGAUUCCGCCGACUUCUCCGAACCACUCGACUCCGCUGACGCUGUUACAAGCCAGCAGACCAGUGACGUCAGCACGCCGCUGGGCGACAUCGACAGCGGCUCGUUCAUCGUUGAUGGCAUGACGUUCGACGAGAAUGGCGUAUUCACGCUGGAGCUCGUGCAGACAGAUCCGCCGCCAGGGGCGCUGCAGUCGUCCUUGGCCGAGUUUGACCUGGCCGACGGAGGGGGACGGGUCUCACCGGGGCAGGUGCUGGUGGAGCUGGGUGACUCUGCAGCCAGUUCGCCGGUCUUCGAUGACCGUUCGGCAGAGGUCGCCGCCCUGCUGGCGUCGCCGGAGAUCAACAGCGCGCUCCUGCCAUCUAGCGGCCAGGAGGCGCAACCGAGCCGCAAGCGGAAUGUCUAUUGGUCACAUUGGCUGCCCGGCAGGUUCGCGCACUGAAGGCAAACAGCAGCGCCCUCUGCAACUCGGCGUGGGUCAGCGAACCGCAUCAAAAGCGCGCCCCGAACCGCUGCAGCCAGAAGCUCAGUUGGUGAGACUCUGCCGAGGGUUUCAGCGGAGAAAGGCGGCCGCCAGCGCCUUCUUUCGUGAAAGAAGACAAACUCGGGAGCGGUCUGUCCUAGUGACGUCAUUCCGGUGCGGCGUGAUUACCGCACCUGACGCCAGACGACGCUGGAGCCGCCCUCCGGGCAAGAAACAGAGGCGCGAUGACCGCCCCUUGUGGUAGUCCACGCAGCGGACGCCGGCUUUGGUCUCUAAGUGUGCGAGGACAUGUCCAAAGCGAGAAUCGUGAAGCAGCGGACGACACCAGAGCGAGUAUUCCUCGCCAGACUCUAGUUGAACUUUGGAACCACUGGUAACCCAUGCGGUUCUUUGUGGCUGGUCUGUAGUCGUCGUUCCCAUUACCGCGGCCGGGGUACUAUCGGCACAAUAAAGUUACACCGAUAGUGCGCUUUAUGGCCUUGAUAGUCAAGUAGCAGUUGUCCGACGAUCCAGUAGGUGGCGUGAUGAACGCAAUUGUGCGGAGGCCAGCGCAAUUGAACAAAAAACGGAGUCUGUUGUGCUUGCUUUUGAUCUAGCCAUUGCUUUUGUUGUGGGUUUUGUAAUAAGCUAGGAAAUUUAAGAAACUGCUGUGACUCUGUUAAGUUGCACUUUUUUGUUAUUUGUAUUUAUUUCUUAAUAAACGGUAAGCAGUGUGUGCGAUUGAA